AUGUUUCGAGUCCAUUGCAACAAGUGCUUUUCUCACCGCAGUAAAGAUCAGACGAUGGUCUUCAACAUGACGAGAUGCCAGCACGUAAUUUGCAAGACUUGUGUGACAGAAUCCUCGUCAGAAAAAAAAUGUCCAAUUUGCAAGCAGGAGCUUCAUUCAAUCCCGAUCAACGGGAAUUUGCCCCGUGGCGUGGCCUGCUACUUCGAGGAUCCUCUUCAAUUCCUGGGGCUCUAUCGCAAGAUCAGCAAGUUUCAGACCGACCAGCGAGCAUCGGACAACCUGGGAUUCUACCGACAGAUGCAGGAGCACGAGAAGAACAAACUCCGGCUGGAUGGCUUCGGCAAAAUGGAGGCACAGAUUAACCAGCAGAUCGAAAUUGAGAAGAAGCGGAUCGACGAGCACCGCGCUUACAUCUCCUACCACGAGGAAGCGGUUCAGAAAACUAAGCGGAGCAGCAUGGAUGAUCAAUCCCAAACCAGGGACUUCCAAAAGCCCCGAAUCAACCAGAGGCGUCGUGGCGUACGGCCACGGACACCCUCUAUUAGCACAUCGAACAACAGCCAGUCGGAUGUCGUAUCCUUUUUGGACUCGGAUACAGAUUUUCCAACGAUAUGCACUCCGCGCAAGAGUAGCUUCGACGAGGAUAUUGAGAAGUUCCAUAUUUAA